AUGGAAGAAGAUAAUGAAACACCAUCCUCUUCGACUUUAAAGUCAGCAAGUAAGGAAAGAAAAUACGUGCAAAAAUUUAAAACUUCUUGGCUGGAGCAUCCUGAUUUUAAGACUUGGCUGAAGAAAUCUGAUAAAGUCGAUGAUUUUGUAUCGCUGUUGCGAAACUUGUUUCCGGAAUCGAAAUGUUUAGAUGACGUGCAUCUAGGAAAACAAAAAGCAACAAAUAUUUUACGUCAAGUCACAGGAGCGACAUAUAAACAAGAAGUGAUUGAUAUCAUGAAGAAUAGCUAUUUUAAUAUAAUAAUAGAUGAAACAACAGAUCUGUCUGUGAAAAAACAGUUGGCUAUUAUUAUAACAUUUUUUAAUAGUUUGACAAAAAAAGUAGAAUACAGAUUUUUUGAUUUGAUAGAUAUGAUUGAUGGAACGGCAAAAGGUAUCCUCCAAACAAUAAAAGGAAGUUUUUCAAAACAUGAAGUACCUCUUGAUCAUGUCUUCGGACUUACAUCAGAUACGACGAACGUAAUGAUGGGAAAGCACAAUUCAGUUCAGGCUUUACUAAAAACCGAAAUUCCACAUCUGGUCGUUAUAGAGUGCUCAUGCCAUUUAAUACAUCUCGCCACAUCAUAUGCCUCCCGUAAACUACCUAAAAAUUUAGAAGAUUUGUGCCGUAAUAUACCUGCAUAUUUUCAUAUGAGCCCUAAGCGAACAGAAGCACUCAAACAGUUUCAGGAUUUUCUAAAAAUUGACCAACAUAAAUUACUUUCUGCAGCAAAUACAAGAUGGUUGUCACUUCAAGCUUGUGUCGACAGGAUAUUAGAGCAGUAUGAUGCAUUGAAAUUAUUUUUUACGGGGGCAGUUUUUGAGGAUCCCUCUAAUACAAAUGAUUCCAUCUUGAACAGUCUUAACAACCCAUUUAAUAAAGCUUUAUUACACUUCAUGAGUUACGUCUUCUCUAUAACUAACGAUUUUAAUACAUUUUUUCAAACAAAAUCACCACAAUUAUUUAUACUGCCAGUGAUGGUUCGGAAAAUGUUGAACACUUUUUUGUGCAACUUUGUCAAAAAGGAGCACCUGAAUCUGAGCUCGGAUCUAAAGAGCCUUAAGCAAAUUGACGUCACUAAAACAGAAAUUCACCUCAAUAAUGAUCAUAUAUACGUUGGUAUGGAAGCACAUGCGAUACUUGAAGGUUUAAAGACAAAAGCCCCAAUAGAAGAAGUGAACAAAUUUUAUGCUAGUUGUCGUGAAUUUUAUGUGGAAAUAGUAUUGCAAAUCCAAAAGCGGUUCGACUUGAAUGAGAAACUUUUCGACAUAUUGAAGUAUGUGGAUCCAAAAAUAGCAAGAAAUCUGGAGAAACAAUCAGUGAAAGAUGUUUUUGAUAAAUUUAACUUUUUAACGACAAAAUGCAACAUGCAAAAAGCAGAUAACGAAUGGAGAAAUCAAGCUCUUAUAGACUUAAAGCAUUUUGGAGUUGAAAGCGAAGAAGAAUUAAAAAACAUGCCAGCUGACAUUUAUUGGAAUAAGGUUCUAAGCAUGAAAGAUUAUCAUGGUAAUUUCAUUUACGAAAAUCUUGAAGUAGUUAUUUCAGUUUUACUAGCAGUUCCAUCUUCAAAUACUGAGACUUUGAUGGAUCCUUGGGGCAGUGAAGUUAAAAGUGGGUCUGUCGUAUCGGAGUUUGAGGAUAAUUUUACUUCUGCUGAUAUUGACGGAUUCCAAAAGCUGUCAGACUCGGCUGAAUACCUCGCUAUUCUCGAGAGGAAACUUAAAGCCGUCAGGUCUAAGAACAAAGUUCUAGAAAACUUGGCCGCCUAUAGAGCUGAUUGCAUUGACCGUUUGAUGCGGGAUGGUUGUGACUUAGACCCUGUGAUUGGUGACACUGAAUCUGACAAGCUUCUACAGGAUUAA